AUGAGCCCUCAGAUUGAAUCCUGUGUAGGCGGCAGCAUGGAGGAAGGGAGCGUAAACCAGCACCCAAUGUAUGCUCCUCAUGUGAGGGUCAUGUGCAUGCGGUGCUCAAGGUCGGAUUUGUCGCUGGCUCUCAAGGACUGCAUGGCCGCCUUGGAUCUGUUCCUCCAGAAUGACUUUGAGGAAGCGCAGGCCCGCCUGAGACCCAGAAUUAAAGACAGCAUGUAUCAUGCCCUGACCUACGCCACCUUCCUAGAAAUGCAGGCCAUGAUGACCUUUGAACCCCAACACAUCCUGGAGGCAGGAGACACCAUGAAAGAGGCACAGGCUAUUUGUCAGCGGCACAGGAAGAAAUCCAGCUUCUCCAAGGGCUUUACAGAAGACGAAAUACAUGCUGAAGUCUGUUAUGCCGAGUGUCUCCUGCAGAGGGCAGCGCUCACCUUCCUUCAGGAUGAAAAUAUGAUCAGCUUCAUCAAAGGAGGAAUCAAAGUGAGAAAUAGCUACCAAACGUACAAAGAGCUCCACAAAGUGCUGGAAUCCACCGCGUAUACUCACGGCGACAACCAUUUUCAUUUUGAGGGCGGAGUCAAAUUGGGAGUCGGGGCAUUUAAUCUGAUGAUCUCCAUGCUGCCUACACGAAUGCUCAAGCUGCUGGAAUUUGUGGGCUUCUCGGGUAAUAAGGAGUUCGGGCUCCAGCAGCUUCAGGAUGGCUGUGCAGAAAGCACAUUCAGGUCCUUCUUAUGUAACAUGCUCCUUCUCUGUUAUCACACCUUCAUGAGCUUUAUACUAGGCACCGGCGAAGGAGAUGUAGAAGAUGCAGAAAAACUGCUGGAGCCGUAUCUAAAGAAAUAUCCUAAGGGAUCAAUCUUCUUGUUCUUCGCUGGUCGAAUCGAGGAGAUCAAAGGCAAUUUGGAUGCCGCUAUUAAGCGUUUUGAGGAGUGCUGCGAGGCUCAGCAGCAGUGGAAGCAGUUCCAUCACAUGUGCUACUGGGAGCUGAUGUGGUGCUUCACUUAUCAGCGACAUUGGAAGAUGGCAUACUUCUACGCUGACUUGCUCAGCAAGGAGAACUCCUGGUCCAAGGCCACCUAUGCGUAUAUGAAAGCAGCCUACCUCAGCAUGCUGACAGAGGAUGAUUGUCUGACCUUCGGGGAGACUGCGCUCACUCUGUUCAGGCAGGUGCAAGGUCUGAAGCAGAAAAUUGCCGGCAAGUCCUUACCCACAGAGAAGUUUGCCAUCAGGAAAGCUCGUCGCUACCUCACAGAAAAUCACGUUCCUCUUCCUGUCCCUCCCCUGGAGAUGAUGUACAUUUGGAACGGCUAUACGAUCAUCGGCAAGCAAAAAGAACUGACCGAAAACAUGCUAAAGACACUGGAUGAGGCGCAGGCGAAACUUGAAAGCAUGGAAAGGUACGAGUUUUCAUUUGAUGACCAGUGUCUGCUCAGCUUGCUGAAGGGACUGUGUCUUAAGCACUUGGGACAUCACGAUGAGGCCGAACACUACUUUACGCUUGUUCUCUGCAAUGAGACCCAGAUCAAAUAUGACCACUACCUAGUCCCCAAUGCAAUGUUGGAGCACAGCUUGUUAUGUUUGGAGCAAGGUCGCAAUGACGAAGCUGUAAAACUGCUAGAAGCAGCAAAGCAAAAUUACAAAAACUACUCCAUGGAAUCUCGGACUCAGUUCCGUAUUCAAGCCGCCCUGCACAAAGCGAAGGGCGUGAGACAAAACGGAGUCUGCGUGCCCUCAAGCCCUUAA